AUAAAGUAUGAGGACAGAACAAGGAGACAAAAAUACUCAACCAGAUAAGGAACGAAAAUAACUGCUCCGACCCACCCCUCACCAUCCCUAAGGAGAGAUAUUGGAAAGACAAUACCACUAGGGGGCCUAAUGGAACGGCUCUUGAAAUGAUGCCACAGAAUAUCAAAAUCUUUUCAAGGUCUGUAAUAUGUGUGAUAAAACAAAACAAACUGCACAAUUCUAGAGAAGGAAAACCUAAGCAAAAAGGAAAGAGUAGACUCUAAUAUUGUACUGUGGACAAAUUUUGAUCUUCCUCUCUGUUUAACCAUUCAUAGUGUCUGAUUCCCCAAGAUCUGUCAAUCCCAACUUGUCUUCCUUUAUAAUUUUGUGUUUCCAAGCAAGCCCAUAAGACGAAUCAUGGAGGUAAAUCAGUUGCAGAGGACUUUUCUUGAAUACACUGCGGCUUUAUAUCGUGAGGGAUUCUUGGAUAGUCAGUUUACUCAGCUGUACCAACUUCAAGAUGAGAGCAACCCAAAAUUUGUUGUUGAAGUCGUGUCUCUCUUCUUUGACGAUUCUGAAAGGCUUAUCAAUGAUCUUUCCAGAGCUCUGGAUGAGCCGAAUGUGGAUUUCAAAAAGAUUGAUGCUCAUGUUCAUCAGCUGAAAGGAAGCAGCUCCAGCAUUGGUGCUCAGAGGGUAAAAAACUCUUGCAUUUCUUUUCGCAAUUCCUGCGAAGGGCAAAAUACUGAAGGGUGCUUGAGAUGCUUGCAACAAGUUAAACAAGAGUAUCUGCUAAUCAAGAACAAGCUUGAAGAUCUAUUUCAGUUGGAGAAACAGAUUGUGGCAGCUGGUGGAUCAACUAACUUGGUGGAAUGGAUGCUCUGAAGCCUCUCUAAUGAAUGCAAAGGCAUGGGAAACAUAUGGAGAAACUUUUCUGAUUUUUUUCUUUUUUUUUUUGGAAAUUACUUUGUUAAGCUUAAGGUACCUUUAGCUAGUUCUGAGAUUCUGCUCUGUAUCAACUUUUAUGAAACUAAUAUGCUGGAUCUAGUUCUGGACUUGGAAAGUUUUAGUGUUAAUAAUGCAUUAUGAUUAUCUAAUAAUGUAAUCCAAGUUUCUCUGGCUC